AUGUACAAACGCACCCUCCUCUCUCUCCUGUUCACCACCGCCCUCGCCCUUCCCCGCCCCCAAUGUAGCUCCCCAGUCCCCGGCAUAUGCAUACCCCCUGUACCCUACAACUCACCCUGGUACGAUGACUGGGCCGAAGACCAGGUCCGGAAAUGGAAAGAGGCCCAGGACAAGAAGAACAAAGAUGGACUGGAGCGGGAUCUCGGCGCUGUAGGGAUGGUCGUGAAAGCUGAGGAGGAGGAGGAGGAGGAGGAGGAGGAGCCGAUGGCUGGUGUGUAUUAUUGUGAGGAUAUUGCCUGGGGCGGCGCAUGCCAACACGUCGUCUCCCCGCUUGGCAGCGACCCCGAGAAGUGCACCAUGAUCGACAGCCGCGCAAGUAGUAUUGGACCGGAUCCAGGGUACUACUGUAUAUUUUACACGAACGCAUUCUGCGCCCCUAUCGCCUCGGACGGCUCAGACACACUCACGCUUACCUACCCGGGCAAUGAUAACUUGGGAUUUACGGAGAAGGGCGAUUUCAAUGAUCGGCUGCUGAGUUAUAAUUGCUUUGAGGACGAGUACUUCACGCUCGACCCGGAGAUUGGCACGCCACCGAAUGUGGAGGAAAAGAUGGAGUAG